AUGGAUCAAAACCCUGAAUAAGAUAGAGAUUGGGAUGACUUAAAAGGAGUAUUAGCGGAAGACAUCAUUAAUAAAUUCAAAGAAGUGGGUCCAAAAGUAUAUAGUCAUCAAUAUGAAUUCAUAAAUUACUGCUUAGGAUAGGAUGUCAAUCAACAAUCUCCAGUGAUUGCUCUAAGAAGUUAAACUGGAAGUGGAAAGACAUUGUGUUUCCAAUCUCUGAUUUAUUAAGAAUUCAAGGAUAAACAUCAGAAAAUUAGUGAACAGAAAUAAAUCAAGUAGAAAGAUAAUACAAUGAAGGAAGUUAGAAUGUUAUAUCCUUAUACAAUAGUCUUAGGAUAGACUAUAUACUUGAAAUAACAUGAGGAGUACUUCAGAAAGCAUUUACCAGAGAGAUUGAAGAAUUAAAAUUUAAAAUUUUAAACUUUCUUUGCAUUUACAAAAGACAAUGUAUUAUAUUUCAUUAUUAGUGUAGUAAUUUCAAUAAGUAAAAGAGAAUAGAAUUGAAGAGGCUGAUUGUUAAGUGUAUCUUUGCCAUCCUAGUAAAAUGUUGGUGGGAUUAAAGAACCGUAUAAUUAAUGUGUCAAAUCUUCGAUAUUUGAUAAUCGAUGAGGCUGAUCAAUUAUUAGAGAAGAAUGAACAAAAUUAGGCUAGAGUUGAGACUAUGCAAUUGAUCUAAUUCAUUUUAGGAUAAACAAAUAAUUAAAGUUAUUAAAUUGUUUUUGUGAGUGCUAGCUUGAAACCUGAAGAAAUUUAAAGCCUUAUUAAGGAAUGUGUUUAAAAUAAUAUUGAUGCAAGCAAGAAAGUAGAUUCUAGAUUCUUGCAUAAAGAUGAAGAUGAUAUCUAAGAAGUUGUUUGUAAUUUAAGAGUUAUUCCAUCAAUUUAAUAACAGAUAUCUCCUUAUACAAUAGUUCAUAUGUAUAAAGAAGCUGUGGAAUAACCAGAGUAGAUCUUGGUGGAUUUAUUGAAGGAUGUAUUUGAUAAAUUUACAGAGGCUCAAGUUAUGAUAUUCUUUAACAAAAAAACAAUUGUUAAUGAAUUAAUAAAUUUAUUUAAAAAGUCUUAGAAAUUGGAAUACAUAGUUAAAAAUAAUUGGAUUGGGGAAUGUACAGGAGAUACCAAUUAAGUAGAUAGAGAAACAGUGAGAAAGGAAUUUAAAGAUGGAAAAAAGAAGAUUCUACUUUGUACUGAUGUUCUACAAAGAGGGAUGGAUUUUAGAAAGGUCAGAGUCAUCAUUCAUUAUGGAUUGCCAAUUACACCUGCAGGAGAGUUUAAAGAAGAGAGGUAAUCUCAUAUUAUAUCUGUAUUUAGUUAUUAUCAACGUUCAGGCAGAACAGGAAGAGCAAAAGAUGAAGGAGUGGUUGUCUCUUUGUUAUUGGAGGAUGAUCUAAAAUAAAAAAGACAAGAGAAAUUAGUGGAGAGUCUAGUGAUGAACAAUUCAAAAAUACAAAAGUAUGAUUAGAAGCAAUUCUGCACUGAUUUGGCUAAACUAUUGAAUUUAAAUAAAGAGUGAUAAAAAAUAAAUAUUAAAC